AUGUCAACGUUAUUCGUACGUAUUACUGAUAUUUGUAAGCAUCAACACGAAGAAACAUUGAAAAGUCUAAAAGUCGACGAUAGUAUUUUAGUAAUAUCAGCAGAUAAAGGUGGUAAAAUUGUAGCUAUGAAUACGUCAGAUUAUAAAGCUAAGAUAGAAGAAAAGUUAAGUAAUAGCACUAUAUAUACAAAAUUAAGUAGAGAUCCAACCAAAAGGUUAAUAAAAGAGUUAGCUGGUUUAGUUAAAGUAGUUCAACAUAAAAAAGAAAUUGAUAGUAAACAAUCAAAAAAUCUCAAAAACGAGAAAUGUUUACCUUUCGUUAGAGGGCAAAUUAAGACUCAUAAAAAUGAUAACCCUAUGAGACUUAUAGUUUCAAUGCGUAAUAAAAUUGGCUCAACAAUGACCAAACAUUUAACAAAAGUUUUACGAAAAUUAGGAGACAAAGUGAGAUCGUUAAAAAAUACAAAAUAUUUAAUAGAAGAUAUUUAUAAAGUUAAAGUAGUCAGUCCAAAAAUGAGUUUAGCUAGUUUAGACGUAGUUGAUUUAUUUACAUCAAUAGAUCGAGAUGAUGCGGUAGGAAUUUUAUCGGAAAAAUUAAAACAAGAUAAAAAUUGGAAAGCAGAUACAACUUUAAAUGAUGAUACCAUCAUCAACAUGGUAAAAUUUUUAACAGAUAAUGUUUAUUUUCAAUCCGGGGAACAUUUUUAUCAACAAAAACGCGGGCUUCCCAUGGGAUUUUCUCUUUCACCGCUAUUAGCGGAUAUUGUAACGGGUGGGCCAGAUAAAACCGGCUACUUUUGUUCUUGCUUUUUGAUCCCCUUUUCCGUGGUUCCGAUUACUCAUUUUAUGCUCAAUCGAUAG